CAGCCAAAAAAUAAAAACGCAUAAAUUGAAUUUGUUAUUGUUGCAGCCGGCAAAACAAACACACAAAUUGCAGCAGCGCCAAGUUGAAUGAAUAAAACGAAAGCGAAAAACGAAAAACGAAACCAAGCCAUAAAAUUCGGCGAAUACACAACAAAAGUAAAGAGUAAAGGGAGCGCAUAAUAAUAAUAAUAAGAAUAAUAAUAAUAAGUGUGUGUAGAAGGAAUGCGUAGAAUUUGUAGAAUGUUUGUGCAAAAGUGACAACGAAAAGGAAACCAAAAGAAAACGAAACCAAAGCCAAAGCCCGUUAAAAUGCAGCAGAAUAAAAACAAAAACUAAAACGGAACAAAAACCGUUACCAUUCAAUUUAAAGCAAAAGUCUACACAAAAAAAAAAGGAAAAAAUCAAAGAAACGGUUUCAAUUAAAAUGUCAACAAAAAUGGCCAAAACACACGGAUUUAACUGGAUGUGGCUGUGGAUUUGGUUCGGAUUCCCUCUGCUGCUGCAGCUGGCAACAGUUUCGCAAGCGAGUCAAGCACUCACGUUCACACUGGAGCCGCAGGACUCCGUCGUGCCCGAGGGCCACUCCGUGCUGCUGCAGUGCGCCGGCAAGGCCGCUGGCAAGGGCAAGGCCACGCCCACGCCGACAAGCAUACGCUGGCGCGGACCCGACGGCCAGGAUCUGGGUGUUGUGGGCGACACCUUUCGCACACAACUGAAGAACGGUUCGCUAUACAUCAGCUCCGUGGAGGAGAAUCGCGGCCUGACCGGCGCCUACCAGUGCCUGCUCAGCGCCGAGGGCAUCGGCAGCGUGCUCAGCCGUCCGGCUCUGGUGGCCAUUGCCCGCCAGCCGGAACUGAACCAGGACUUCAUCGAGACGUACCUGCUGCCCGGCCAGACGGCCUACUUCCGCUGCAUGGUGGGCGAGCACGUGUGGCAGCCGGGCGUAAGGCAUACGGUGCAAUGGUACAAGGACGACAUGCCGCUGCCGCUGGAUAAGCUGCGCAUGGUGGUGCUGCCGAACGGUGCACUGGAAAUCGAUGAGGUAAACGCCAACGAUCGCGGUGCCUACCAGUGCAACGUGACCUCGGGCAGCGUCCAUCGGCUGAGCAGCAAGACGAAUCUGAACAUCAAGAAGCCUGUGGAUGCUGGCGCCGAGCAGGCUGUGGCGCCCUCGUUCCUGGUUGGACCCUCGCCGAAAACGGUCAGCGAGGGCGACACCGUCACCCUGGACUGUGUGGCCAAUGGUGUGCCCAAGCCGCAGAUCAAGUGGCUACGCAAUGGCGAGGAACUCGAUUUCAAUCAUCUCGAUUCGCGAUUCUCGAUCACAGGCACCGGCUCGUUGCAGAUCUCCGGCGCCGAGGACAUCGAUUCGGGCAACUAUCAGUGCCGGGCCAGCAACAGCGUUGACUCGCUCGAUGCCCAGGCGACCGUGCAGGUCCAGGUGCCGCCCAAGUUCAUCCAGGCGCCGCGCGACAAGACCGCCUCCGAGAAGGAGGUGCUCAAUCUGGAGUGCGCUAUACACGGCAAGCCCAAACCGAGCAUACGCUGGCUAAAGAACGGCGAGGUCAUCACGCCCAACGAGUACCUGCAGUUCGUCAACGGGCACAAUCUGCGCAUCCGUGGACUGCUCUACUCCGAUGCGGGCAUGUUUCAGUGCGUCGGCACCAAUCCCGCUGGCAGCGUUCAGGCCUCGGCGCGUCUGCGUGUCGUGCCCCCCGGAGCCAAAAUGAAACAACGCAAAACCCAAGGUCAAACCACCAAAUCCUUGCACAGUUCAGACAAUUACAACUACAACAACAACAACAACAAACGAAGACGACCUCACAACUCGGGUGAGCUACGCACCAAAUCCGGUGGCAGCAGCUACUUGGACAUGGACAGCGACGACUACGACAACUAUGCGGACGAGAAGUCCGCGGAGACGGCGGCCCGGCGCCAAUUGCGAAAAUUCGCGAGACCCGGCGAGCAGCCGCUCAACGAUCGCAACUUUGAGGCGGGCGAGAUCAGUGUGCUGCGCCGCCAGAACGGAGGCGGAGACAUUGACGACGACGACGAAGACGACGAUGACGUUGACGUUGACGUUGACUAUGACGGAAUACUGGUCUACAAGAACAAGGCGCAACCUCUACAACAACAGCAACAACAACAACAACAAAUACCCCCCACAUCCAAUUUUGCCUCAACAGAUCUAAGCGCCGGCGAGGACAUCGCCAGCGAUGUGAAGCCUUUGAGCAGCGGUCUGCUGGCCCGCCUGCCCGGUCCGCCACGCAACCUGGUCGCGCAGAUUGUGAAGUCGCGCUUCGUAACGCUCAGCUGGCAGGAGCCGCUGCAGAAUGCCAACGAGGUCGUCUCCUACACCGUCUACUAUCGCGUCAGCAACAGCGAACGUGAGCAAAAGAUUGUGACCCAGUCGCAUGAGGAUCAGCAGGUUAGCAUUCAAUCCCUGCUGCCGGGUCGCACCUAUCAGUUUCGUGUAGUUGCGAAUACCAAUUUCGGCAUGGGCGAAUCUUCGCAGCCGCUGGAGGCGAGCACACAGCCGGAGGUGAACAUUGCCGGGCCGCCGCGCAACGUGGACGCCUAUGCGCGCAACCAUAAGGAGAUCUUUGUGCAUUGGCAGCCACCGACGGUGACAAAUGGCGAGAUACUCAAGUAUCGUGUCUACUACUCCGAGAACGACAGCGGCGCGGAUAUGUACAAUGACAGCAUGUCGCUGGAGCUGCUGCUCACCGAUCUGCGUCCCUAUACGGACUAUGUGAUCAGCGUGGUACCGUUCAAUCGCAACGGCAUGGGCGAUUCCUCCGCCGAGCUGAAGGUGAGGACCUUCUCCUCAACGCCCUCGGAACCGCCAAAUAAUGUCACUCUCGAGGUGACCAGUUCAAGCUCGAUAACUGUGCACUGGGAGCCGCCAGCUGAGGAGGAUUGCAAUGGCCAGAUAACCGGCUAUAAGAUACGCUAUCGCAAGUUUAAGGAUGCGCCCCAGGCGAAGAGCACGCCCGCCAACAUACGCUACUUUGAGCUAAACGGUCUGGACCGCAACGCCGAGUACCAAGUGAAGAUUGCGGCGAUGACCGUCAACGGAUCGGGCCCAUUCACCGAAUGGUAUCGCGCGAACACGCUGGAGAACGAUCUGGAUGAGACACAGGUGCCGGGCAAGCCCAUCUGGAUCAACAUACAGCCGGGCGCUGACAAUAUUGGACUGCACUGGGGUCCACCGCAGCAGCCGGAGAUCAAGAUACGCAGCUAUGUGCUGGGCUGGGGACGCGGCAUACCCGACGAGAACACCAUCGAGCUGAAGGAAACUGAGCGCUACCAUGUGCUCAAGAACCUCGAGUCGAACAUGGAGUACGUAGUAUCGCUGCGCGCACGCAAUGUGAAAGGCGACGGCCCGCCCAUCUACGACAACAUCAAGACACGGGACGAGGAGCCGCUGGAUGUGCCCGUGCCGCUAGAGGUACCCGUCGGGCUGCGCGCCAUAACCAUGUCGAGCUCCUCGAUUGUCGUCUACUGGAUCGAUACGAUGCUCAACAAGAACCAGCACGUGACCGACAAUCGCCACUACACGGUCAGCUACAGCAUCACGGGCUCCAAUCGCUAUCGCUACCACAACACCAGCGACCUGAACUGCAUGAUCAACGAUCUGCGUCCGAGCACGCAGUACGAGUUCGCUGUGAAGGUGGUCAAGGGGCGACGGGAGUCCGCGUGGUCCAUGUCGGUGCUGAACAGCACAUUUCAGAAUGUGCCGGUGACGCCGCCGCGCGAGCUGACCGUGCGCCUGGACGAGCAGAAUCCGCACAAUGUGAUCGUCCAGUGGCUGCCGCCCAAGCACACAGUUGGCCAGAUCACCGGCUAUAAUAUCUACUAUACGACAGACACCACGAAACGGGAUCGGGACUGGGCCAUCGAGGCGUUCGCCGGCGAGGAGACAAUGCUGAUGCUGCCCAACCUGAAGCCCUACACCACCUACUACUUCAAGGUGCAGGCACGCACCACCAAGGGCGGCAACAAUGCGCCCUUCUCCGCGCUGACGGCGUUCACCACCAGCGCGGCCGUCAUCAUGCAGGAGGCGGACACCAUUGCCAAGGGCAUCGAUAAUCAAAAUCUAUUGUACAUCAUCAUUGGCAGCACGGUCCUGGUGCUGUUUCUGCUGCUGCUCGGUCUGCUGCUCUUCUGCCGGCGCAAGCCGCAAUCCUCGCCAGAACACACCAAGAAGAGCUAUCAAAAGAACAAUGUGGGUGUGCCGAAGCCACCGGAUCUGUGGAUCCAUCACGACCAGAUGGAGCUAAAGAACAUUGACAAGGGCCUGCACAGUGCCACGCCUGUUUGCAGCGACAACGCCUCCAGCAGCGGAGCCCUCACCCUGCCGCGCUCGGUGGUCCACAGCGAAUACGAGGUGGACACCCCGGUGCCGGGUCAUGUCACCAACUCGCUGGAUAAACGCGCCUAUGUGGCCGGCUACAUGACAGCCACCUCGAUGAACUCGACCAUGGAGCGACCGCAAUAUCCGCGCACCCAAUACAAUCAUCAGAAUCGCUCGCACAUGACCAUGGACACGGGCCUCUCGCAGCAGAGCCUCACACAGCCGCAGAACAAUUCGCUGGCCCAGACGCCGGAGCAUCCCUACGGUGGCUACGACGCCAACUUCUGCAAUGCUGGCUACACGGGCGGCACCGCGAGCAAUCCGAGCGCUCCUGGCAAUGGCUGCGUCUCCACCAUUGAGAGCGCUAAGCGUGGACAUCCGCUCAAGAGUUUCAGUGUGCCGGGCCCGCCGCCCACUGGAGCUGCCACGACCAUGAACAAGCACACUCCUGCUGUCACAAUACGUCCACAAAAUCAAUCGCCCUACAAGAAGCCCUCCUUUUCGGCAGCCACACCCAAUCGGUUGCAGGGCGGCGGCUCCGUGGCGCAUUCCACCGAUGAGAUACAAAGACUGGCGCCCAGCACAUCCACCGAGGAGCUGAACCAAGAGAUGGCCAAUCUGGAGGGUCUCAUGAAGGAUCUAAGCGCCAUCACGGCCAACGAGUUCGAGUGUUAACACCGAAGCAGGCCAAAAGUAUUUUUUAGCCGGGUCAAACAACAACAAAUAUCGGAAUGUUAAUUGUUUUUUUGUCUUUAGUUGAUGUUUAGUUUGCAUUUCGCAUUUUGAUUUCAUAAUUUAGUUUCUAGUUAAGCUUUAAGUUACACGAGCGAUUAGAACUGUAAAUACCAACGACGCCAUAUACAUAUAAUUAUAUAUACGUAUAUUCAUAUAUAUAUACAUAUAUAUAUAUGCUAGCCUAGUUAAUUUUAAAGCGAUUUGUGUGAAAGAACUCUCUGUCUCACAGCCAGUGGCAUAUUUAUUCACAUAUUCACAUACUAUAUAACCUAAACAUAAAGAUACAUACAUACAAUGAACGCGUAGUUUAAGCCAUCAUCCAAGCAUCUAAGCCAAGUCUCAUCUCGUAUAUCUUACAACACAUUAUUCUAGUAACUAAAUCAAAACAAAACAAAACUAAAAAUACCACAAAACAUUCGACUUGUGUAGCUUACGAAACUUUGUAUCGUGCCAUUUCAUUUUCUGUAAUUUUCCUUUUAAUUUGUUAUGCCUAACUUAAGUCCCGUACAUAAUAUGACGAAUGAUUCUAGACUGUAAUCGAAUUAGUAAAGCCAGCAAAGCAUUUACAUAUUUAACUAAA